AUGUUUAUGCUCCGCAACCUGAGCAAGAUUGUCUUCGGCGACGCGUCCAAAGAGUCACUCGUAGAAAUCUCGCAGGGUCAGCUGUACCUCGUCCGGCCGCGCUCCGUCAAGGGCUACUCGGAGCUUAUCUUCAAGGACGCCGCAGCCACCAUCCGCCGCACCGGUCAGGAGUUCCAGUACCAGCUCGUCGUACAGCGCGCAUACGAGGAAGGUGAGGAGGAUCUCCUAGACGAAGAAGGCCAAGAAGACGGCGGUGUAAACGCGCUUGGAGGGGACAAAGACGAGAAAACGUUCCUGCUCGACGAGAGCCUCCAGUUCCGUACAGACGUUCGCUCAACCGGCGAGAAGAUCUUCGCGUGGAGGGACCUCAGCGGCGACGUUGACGACUUGUGGGAGUUUGUGUGCGACGCCUCAGUCAAGCCAGAGACUGCCCUUCUGUUCCAGCGCACAGCUCUCGAGUGCCAGUACGAGCGCAAGUACCGCCGAAGCCACGAGACAGCGACCGAGGAAGACCUUGAGGCUCUAGCUUAUCUCGAAGAACCUAUUCCAGACGCAAGCCCCGUCUCGAGUCCCACCAGCAAAUCCCCGCAACUUCUCGAAGCUCCCACCGCAGCUGAGCUCUUUCCAAACACUACACAAGAGAACAUGGCGAAGAAGGCGGCAGGCAAGGCUCCUGUACCACGAGAGGAGGAGCCGACAACAGCACCGCCCUCUGCUGCUCAGCCAGAGGCAGUAGGAACGCUUGCAGAGGCUGUCGCUGAGCUACACCUCUUCGAUUUUCCUUCGGGCACGUUCAUUCGGCAAGACGCUAAAGUACACGCCACGGUCACUGAGCUCGGGAACUGGGAGUAUUGGCUACACAUCGUUGGCGAUGAGCGCGAAUGGUUAGGCCAGCCUAUAGUCGAUGACAUUAACCCUGUCUUCAAUUUUGAGUUCAAGUCGUUCAUCUUCAAUCACUACAUGGAAGAUGGCUCGGCUUACUCUUGGCUUCUCCGCUUCAAUGAACAUGAGGACCUAGAGCACUUCCAGCAUGGUGUGAUGCAAGCCCUGUGGGAGCAUCUGAACCAGACCAAGUGGGGCAAAGUCAAAGAUACCGACCGCGACUAUGUCCUCGAAGCCUUUAACGAUCUUACCAUGGAGGACGCGCCCGAGGCAGAGGAAGAGGAGGAAGAGGAUGAAGAAGACUUUGAGGACGCACAUGAAGGGCAGCGAAGCGAGCACUACGACGAGGACGAGUCAGAAGACGAUGUUGAAACUCAGCCAAAUGACGGUGCUGCUAACUCCCAGCUCGCUGUGGGCUACAAACAUGAUCGGUCGUUCGUCGUUCGUGGCAACAAGAUUGGUGUAUUCAAGCAUACUCCAGACAAUCAGCUCUCAUGGGCUACCACCAUAUCGAACAUCAAAACUCCAAAGGGCAAGGACUUCAGCCCGAACAAGGUCAUGCUGCACCAGCAAGAUCAGAAUAUGGUUCUGCAGAAUCUAGACAAUCCUAACGCUCUCUACCGUAUGGAUCUGGAGACCGGAAAGGUUGUGGAUGAGUGGAAUGUGCAUGACGAUAUUCCUGUUAAGGUGUUCGCCCCAGAGAACAAAUUUGCGCAGAUGAGCGGUGAACAGACUUUCCUGGGUCUCUCUGGCAACGCCUUGUACCGCAUCGAUCCUCGUCUAGCCGGCCACAAGCUCGUCGACGACCAAUACAAACAGUACACCACAAAGAACGCCUUCUCAGCAGCCGCAACUACCGAGAAGGGUCACAUCGCAGUGGCCUCAGAGAAGGGCGACAUCCGUCUCUACGACCGCCUAGGUAUCAACGCAAAGACCCUGAUUCCCGCCCUCGGUGACCCCAUCAUCGGCAUGGACGUCUCAGCCGACGGCCGCUGGGUGCUCGCCACAACACGCACAUACCUCCUGCUCAUCGACGCCCUACAGAAGGGCGGCAAAAACGACGGCAAACUAGGCUUCGAAAAGGCCUUCGCCAAAGACGACAAGCCGCAGCCGCGCCGCCUCGCCCUCACGCCCGCCCACGUCGCCCAGUUCCAGCACGAAACCCGCGCCCCUAUAUCCUUCACGCCCGCGCGAUUCAACACCGGUGUCGACUCCGACGAAACUACCAUCAUCACUGCUACGGGGCCGUUCAUCGUCACGUGGAGCAUGAAGAAGGUGCUUGCCAACCGGCGGGAUCCGUACAACAUCAAGCGCUACGCGGAGGAGGUCAAGGCGGAUAACUUCCGGUUCGGCAGCGACAAGAGUCUUAUUGUGGCGCUGCCUAAUGAGGUCGAUAUGGUGGCUAAGCGGGCGCUGCAGAAGCCUACUAGGGAGAGCAUUGCGAUUGCGUCCAAGGUGGGGACGCCGCGGAAGCAGAGGGGGAGUUAUCUGGGGAGGAAUGAGAUUGUGAAUAGUCCGUAUUAG